CAGGAUUAGAUAGCUAAUACGAUGAGCUGAAGUUAUCAUUGGUGACAAUACCGUGCUGGAAUUAGCUCUCUGGCUAGGUGGAAUAACCAACGUUAUGCGUUUACAUUAUUAUGAGUAACGACGUUGCUAACAGGAGAAUCUCUUCAGCUCAACUGAUUCAGGCCAGUCUGUCUGUGUGGGGAUGGGGGGGUCUAGGAGUGGUGCUGUUCCUCAUCACUUUCGGACCCUUCGCUAUCUUCUACCUGGCCUUCUAUAUCUGCUGCGUUGUAGGCGGUGGUUUUGCGGUCACUCUGUUGUUUGGGAAGACUAACUCAGAGAGACAUCUAGAGAAGUGUGAACACUCCUACCUGCCAGCCACACAAACGGGUAUACUGAAGACGUUGGAUGAGAUGAGGUUGGAGCAGAAGCCUAUAAAGAUAGACAGGAGACUGACUGGCUCCAACUACAUAGACGAGCCUCUGCAACAGGUCAUCCAGUUUGCAUUGAGAGAUUAUAUUCAGUAUUGGUAUUACACUCUGAGUGAGGAUGAGUCUUUCCUGCUGGAAAUCAGACAGACUGUCCAGAACGCUCUGGUCCAGUUCUCUACACGGUCUAAAGAGGUGGACUGGCAGCCUUAUUUCACCACCAGACUCGUGGAUGACUUCGCUACUCACCUCCGAGUCUUCAGAAAGGCCCAGGACAGACUGGAGCGCAGGGAUGACAAUAAACAGAGGGACUUGUCGGAGGAGAUGGUGGAGUCAUUCUUUGAGGCGGAGGUAGAGAUGGAGAGGAACGUCUGCAGAGACGUGGUCUGCACCUCCCUGAAGGAUGAAGAAGGGUUCCUGAGGGACUUGUGUGAGGUGCUGCUCUACCUUUUACUACCUCCUGGAGACUUCCACAACAAGAACAUGAGAUACUUCCUUAGGGAGAUUCUGGCGCGAGGUGUUCUCCUUCCCCUGGUCAACCAGCUGAGUGAUCCUGAUUACAUCAACCAGUUUGUUAUCUGGAUGAUUCGGGACUCUAGCUGUAACUACGAGGCAUUUAUGAACAUCUUGAAGCUGACAGACAAAGUGUCUGAGCUGGAGGCUGUUAAAGACAAGGCUCUGGAGGAACUACAGUACCUACGAUCACUGGACACCGCAGGAGACGAUAUCAAUGUUAUAAAGAAUCAGAUCAACAGUCUGUUGUUUGUGAAGAAGGUCUGUGAGACCAGGAUACAGAGGCUACAGUCAGGGAAGGAAGUGGAUACUCUAAAACUAGCAGCUAAUUUCGGCAAGCUGUGCAUCAUACCGCUGGAACACAUCCUUGUUCACAACAUCGCCUUGCAAUUCUUUAUGGACUACAUGCAGGCGGCUGGGGCACAGGCAGAGCUGUUCUUCUGGCUGACAGUGGAGGGCUACAGAGUAACAGCCCAGCAACAACUAGAGGUGAUGGAGGGAUGGCAGAAGGAUGGAAAGAAGGGAGGUUCCACUAAAGGACUGCUGAAGGCUGCAGCACUAGGGGUCUAUGAACAGUACCUGUCUGAUAAGGCGUCCCCCAGGGUGCAGGUAGAUGAGGUGUCUGUAGUCAAACUGAGAGAGAAGCUACAGAAGGAAGGAGACCCCACGCCAGAGAUAUUCGACGACAUCCAGAGAAAAGUGUAUGACAUGAUGCUUCGUGAUGAGAGGUACUACCCGUCGUUCAGACAGAGUCCCCUCUACAUCAGGAUGUUAGCUGAACUGGACAUGCUCAAAGAACCGUCUUAUAGAGGAUCAGAUGACGGAGAUGGAGAAUCGUUCAACGGUUCUCCAACAGGAAGCAUUAAUCUAUCUCUGGAUGACCUUUCGAAUUCCUGCCAUGACGAAAAUAUCCAGCUACACGCCUUCAUCUCUGACACAGUAGCUGAUGCUUGUCUCCCCGGGGCUGGGUUGGGUAUGGGGUUGGGGCUGCUGGGUGCUACAGGGGUGUGUAAUGACCACGGCAAGACCUACGCCCUCUACGCCAUCACCGUGUGCCGCCGUAACCACGACGGCAGCGAGGACUCCUGGAAAACCUACCGACGCUACUCUGACUUCCACGACUUCCACAUGAGGAUCACGGAGCAGGUAAAGUUUGAGAACUUGACGUCGAUCCUGAAGCUGCCAGGGAAGAAGACGUUCAACAACAUGGACAGAGACUUCCUGGAGAAGAGGAAAAAAGAUCUUAACGCAUACCUACAGCUGCUGCUGAAUCCAGAGAUGGUGAAGGCCUGUCCUACUCUGGUCCCCUAUGUCUAUGACUUCCUGGAGAAUAAGCAAUACAGCAAGGGCAAGGGAGACUUCGCACGCAAGAUGGAUACGUUUGUGAACCCUCUGCGUAGCUCGAUGCGUAACGUGUCCAACGCAGUGAAGAGACUGCCAGAUAGUCUGGCUGAAGGGAUGAACACUGCUGCUGACAACAUGGGACGCAUGUCAGAGAAACUGGGACAGGACAUCAAACAGUCCAUGUUCAAGGUGCCUCCACUGCUCCCCAAGUCUGACGUUGACCCAGAGCACUGCCGAGUCUCAGCCCAGCUGGACGACAACGUGGAUGAUAACAUCCCCCUGCGUGUGAUGCUGCUGCUGAUGGAUGAGGUGUUUGACCUGAAGGAGAGGAACCAGUGGCUUCGCAGGAACAUCAAGAACCUUCUGCAGCAACUCAUCAGAGCCACAUACGGCGACACUAUCAACAGGAAGAUUGUUGAUCAUGUGGACUUCAUGACAGCUCCAGAACAGGUGGCAGACUACGUCAAGAAGUUCAGGGAUUCAUACUGGCCCAACGGAAUCCUAGCAGAGUCUCCGCCCCGCCGGGACAAGAACAUCCGCAUGAGGACACGGGUCGCCGCCAAGACCAACCUAUUGGGAAUCAUGCCAGAUGAGUUGAAGCACAUCAUAGGGGCGGAUACGACUCGUAAAGGCAUCCUGCGUGUGUUUGACAUGUUCCAACAUGGACCAAUGAAUCGACGGCUGGUCUACGUGCUGCUAGAAGGUUUCCUGGAGACCAUGUUCCCUCAGUACAAGUUCCCAGAGCUGUUUGUCAAACUGCACUCCCGUUCGCCGCGCACAGCCAGAUACACACAGAAACUCAAGAGCACCUCCCUGAAGAGGUGACAGGAGACUGGGAUUGGGCAGGGUACUUGGUGACACACACACACUCGCUCACACGCCGUGAGAGAACAGAGGGAGGAGGGGAGUAGUGGGGAGGGUGUGUAUGUGUGCUGGUGAGAAGAGGUGUGCGUGUCCUUCUUUCUAUGUCAAGAGGUGCUUUUUGGGCCAUCCGAGCACUUAACUCUUCCCUCCUCUCCCCUACAUGCCUCUCACACUGUCCUCUACUCACUCACACACACCCUCUCCUCUCGUGUGCACAGUUUAGAGACCGCAUUUGGGUUUUAUUUUAUUUUUGUACUUUUUAUUUCCUACUAAACUAUUUUAUUGUAGAUGUGUGGUCAGACUGACAGCUGCUCUGAUAUACACAGCAGCUGAUCUCCGUUACUGAUACCAGAGAGCAGAGCUAUGUAUAGAGAAAUACAUGGGUCGUUCCAUGUAAUGAGUCCCUUUUGGGUAGUGUUUCCCAAACUCUGUCCUGGGUUCACAAAGAUUUUUUCCCCCCCUAGCACUACACAGCUGAUUUCAAGUAAUCAAAGCUUGAUGAGUUUAUUAAUCAUCUUUGUAGUGCUAGGGCAAAAACCGAAACAUGCACCCCUUAAGGUCCCGAGGACCAAGUUUGGGAAACGCUGGGUUAGAGUCAUUUGGUGGGAAAGAAAUGUAGAUUUAAUGAAGAGCAUAUUUUCAGCCUAAUAAAAAGCAUAGUUUCCCAUCUCAAGAGGUUAAAGAAAAAAAAUAACUGGGCGGAAGGUAGCCUAGCGGUUAAGAGCAUUGGGCAAGUAACCGAAAGGCCGCUGGUUGGAAUCCCCGAGCCGACUAGGUGAAGAAUCUGCCGGUGCCUUUAAGGGCAAUUAACCAUAAUUGUUCCUGUAAGUCGCUCUGGAUAAGGGUGUCUGCUAAAUGACUAAAAUGAAGAAACAAAAAUGCUAAAUGUAAGUGCCAGAUAAAGUAACAGGGUUGACCGUAACAGGGUGACGAUUUAACCUUAAAUCAGCCAUAAAUCCCUUGUGACCAGGGGAAUGGAAGACUCUUGUGUGCAACAGGGAGGAGCAAUUGAAUGACAGCGUCACAAAAAACAAUUAAUUGUUAAAACAUUUUUAGCCUUUCUAUCUAUGGGUAACAGGGUUGACGUGUUAUGCUCAACCCACUCAGUUUUCCACCACAAAACAAGAGAAAAUGGCAAAAAAGAGUAUAUAUAACCAGCUCAUCUGCUUUUACAUUAUAAUUUUACUGUUAAAUGUUAAAUUUUUCAUUUGAAUUUAAAAAAAGGAAUAGGAUAGUUCAUUUAACAGAGUUUACCUGAAUGAAUCACAUUAAAUAAAUACUCUUCACAAAUGACAUUGUCAAAGCAACAAUAUAACUUAGGCUUCACAGUGUUGGUGAAAACUUGUAGAAAUUUGUGGGUUAACAUCUUCCUAGAAGUCACAGAGAGUGCACAGAGGAACAUGGCAAAAUGCAUUAUUGUGGCACUUUAGCAAGUCUAUUCAUAUUAAAAAUCAAAUGUAUUGAAUUGUCCAUGUGGUCACUUCAUUUAAUAUAACA